CGCCCCGCCCCGCCGCGCGUCCCGCCCGUCCGCGGACACCGAGCGCGGCGGCCCAGGCGCGGACAGACGGGGACGGCGGCGGACGCGGGGCCGAGGGACUUUCGCGGGCAGCAGCUGUGAGCAGGGCCCCGGGCUCCAGACUGGACCGGGCUGAGGUCUGCACCGCCGGCCGCCGCCUCUGAGGACCGAGGACGCCAUGAGCCACUCAGGGUCCGUGAGCUGCUGCCCGGGUGCCACCAAUGGCAGCCUGGGCCGGUCCGAUGGCGUGGCCAAGAUGAGUGCCAAGGACCUGUUUGAACAGAGGAAGAAAUACUCCAACUCCAACGUCAUCAUGCAGGAGACCUCCCAGUAUCACGUGCAGCACCUCGCCACGUUUAUCAUGGACAAGAGCGAGGCCAUCGCGUCUGUGGACGACGCCAUCCGCAAGCUGGUGCAGCUGAGCUCCAAGGACAAGAUCUGGACGCAGGAGAUGCUACUGCAGGUGGACGACCGCUGCGUGCGGCUGCUGGACGCUGAGUCCCAGGUGCGGCCGCCGCCCGGGGCAGAGGAGGGGGAGGGGUGGGGCCCACAGCUGUGCCGCGAGUCGCGGGUGGCCGUGUGCCCGCUGCGCCUGACCGCCCGCCCGCAGGAGGAGUUGGAGAACUUCCCGCUGGCCACCGUGCAGCUCAGCCAGACGGUGCUGAACCAGCUGCGCUACGCGUCUGUGCUGCUGCUCGUGUGCCAGGACCCCGAGCAGACCAAGCCCGACGUCCACUUCUUCCACUGCGACGAGGUGGAGGCGGAGCUGGUGCACGAGGACAUCGAGAGCGCGCUGGCCGACUGCCGGCUGGGCAAGAAGACGCGGCCGCAGACCCUCAAGGGCCACCAGGAGAAGAUUCGGCAGCGGCAGUCGAUCCUGCCCCCUCCGCAGGGCCCGGCCCCCGUGCCCUUCCAGCGCCUCGGCGGGGAGUCGGCUCAGGCCAGGAACCGCGUGGGGGCCUGGGCGCCCGCCGGCGAGCCAGGCUUCCGCCGCCAGGACUCGCAGGACGAGGAGCCCCGGGCCGCGCUGGCGCAGAAGAUCGAGAAGGAGACGCAAAUCCUCAACUGCGCCCUGGACGACAUCGAGUGGUUCGUGGCGCGGCUGCAGAAGGCGUCCGAGGCGUUCAAGCAGCUGAACCAGCGCAAGAGGGGCAAGAAGAAGGGCCGCAAGGGGCCGGCAGAGGGCGUUCUCACGCUGCGGGCGCGGCCGCCAUCCGAGAGCGAGUUUGUGGACUGCUUCCAGAAGACCAAGCUGGCGCUCAACCUGCUGGCCAAGCUGCGGAAACACAUCCAGAACCCCAGCGCAGCGGAGCUUGUGCACUUCCUCUUCGGGCCUCUGGACCUGAUCGUGAACACCUGCGGGGGCCCCGACAUCGCCCGCUCUGUGUCCAGCCCCCUGCUGUCCAGGGAUGCCGUGGGCUUCCUGCGCGGCCACCUGGUGCCCAAAGAGAUGGCACUGUGGGAGUCGCUGGGCGAGACCUGGACAAGGCCCCGUGCCGAGUGGCCACGGGAGCCACAGGUGCUCCUCUACGUGCCCAAGUUCCACAGCGGCUGGGAGCCACCCCUGGACGUGCUGCAGGAGGCCCCCUGGGAGGUGGAGGGCCUGGCCCCGGCCCCGGAUGCUGAGCUGACUCCAGGGAGCCGACUGUCCUUCCGCAACUCCCUGAAACACAGCCUUGCCCCUGAGCCCACGCCCCCGGGGGAGGCCCUGUUGGCCGCUGGCCCCACACAUGGUCACAGGGGCCACCAGCCCACGCCGGCCAUGGCGAAGUACGUCAGGAUCCUCUACGACUUCACCGCCCGCAACGCCAGCGAGCUGUCCGUGCUGAAGGAUGAGGUCCUGGAGGUGCUGGAGGACGGCCGGCAGUGGUGGAAGCUACGCAAUCGCAGUGGCCAGGCCGGCUACGUGCCCUGCAACAUCCUGGCCGAGGCCCGGCCCGAGGACGCGGCUGGCCCGCUCGAGGCUGGACAGAAGUACUGGGGUCCAGCCAGCCCGACCCACAAGCUGCCCCCGAGCUUUGCGGGGAACAAAGACGAGCUCAUCCACCACAUGGACGAGGUGAACGACGAGCUGGUGCGCAAAAUCAACCACAUCCGCGCGCAGCCUCCGCGCCACCCCCGCGCCGAGCGCAGCGCCCCCGUGCACCCACCGCUCAGCUUCGACUCCGGCCCGGACGAGGUCCGCGCCUGGCUGGAAGCCAAGGCCUUUAGCGCCCGAGUCGUGGAGAACCUGGGCAUCCUGACGGGCCCGCAACUCUUCUCGCUCAACAAGGACGAGCUGAGGAAGGUGUGCGGGGAGGAGGGCGCCCGCGUGUACAGCCAGCUCACGGUGCAGAAGGCCGUGCUGGAGAAGCAGCAGAGCGGGUCGGAGCUGGAGGAGCUCAUGAGCAAGUUCCAUUCCAAGAACCAGCGGCGGGGCGCCAGCUAGACACCUGUGGCGCGGGGCGCGCGUCUGCAGGGGCCGAGCCGUGCGCGCUGCGCGGUUUUCGCACGUGUAUUUCCUACCAAGGACGCGAAUGGGGCGCGGUGCCCAGCCGGGCUCUGCCCCUGGCCGAGGGCCUGCAGGCGAUGUGACCUCCCGCCCAGCGACACCCGUGGGCAGCGGCUCUGCCACCCCAGCCCCAGCGGGCCUCAGCCAAAGCUGCCGCUGGGCGGUGCCAGCCCCUGCAGACCACAGAAUCCCCGGAAGUGGGGGGUUCUUCCUGUGGCCUCCCCUGCCCCCCCCAGCCUCCCCUGCGGAUGCGCCCUUGCACCCCGGCCAGCGGCAGCCCGGGCAGAGGCUCCCGGACAGGACUUGGGCGCAGGGUAGGGUGGGGUGCACGCCGAGCCCCGAGCCCCUUAAAGGGCCGAGGAUGGACUGGACACAAGUCCUUUCCUCGGAGCCCGCCCCUCCCCGCAGAGCCCGGAGCCUGCUCUGACCCGGCCUCAGGCCGCAGGGCCCUGUCCCUGGCCGCUGGCUGGUGUGCCCGCCCCGGGCGCUGCGGGGGCUCCCUGUCAUUAAACCUUCAGCUUCCCCGCA